AUGGGUCGUUGUGCCGGUAUUGAGCGUAGCGUAAACGUAAUUCGUAUGUAUACAAACAUCAUACACAGCGUAACAGGUGCUGGAUAUUUUUGUACCUACACCAGUAGGUACUUCUUCGUAUCCUGCCCCUCUAUCUCCAUCUCCAGUCGACUACGACAGAGUAGACAGAGCAGCUGUGCACCAACACUCGGUACUCCAGCGCACCUCCAGAGAUUUAGUAUCCUACCUUUGGACUCUCCAAGCCGAAUUACCAACACUAAACAGCUCCAGGGAGUUGGAGCAGGCAUGCGCGCACCUACACUAGGAUCAAAUUCAGAAUCAGAGAGUGACAGUGAAGGUGAGAGGCUACAUGUUGAUGUUGACUGUCGAAUAAAACACCAGCACCAGCACUGGAGUCCAAUACAUUGA